GCUGCAACGUAAAUGUCUUCAAACAAUGAGCAGUUGAAUUUAGUCGGCAUAGAUACGGCACAGUUCACUCCAUUCAUUUAGUGUUAUUCAAGUUAAGAUCUCAGGAAACAAAAUUUACGCGCUCCCUGACACACUCAACAUGGCGAACAGGCUUCGCCGUUCGACAAUGUUGAUACAGGAGCUGUCUUGACGCACUGUCGUGACGUCAGCCUUUUCGCUUGUCAAGCUGUAAAAGGGAACCUUGAACCGGAGAUAUUCUUUUUUUCUGGACACACAGUAAAUCCGACAUGGCGUUAAGAAGCGCCGCUCUCCGUCUGCUCGCCAGCUCCCAGAGAUGUGCUUUGAUCUCCGCCUCGAGAGCGCAGGGGACCGUCGCGCCUGCCCAGUGGGAGGCUGAAAAAGGGAGCAAGAAGAAGACGGCCAAAGCACCCAAGGUGCAGUUCAACUGGCGCGACGCCCUGGAGCUGGAGGGUCAGCUGACCGAGGAGGAGGUGAUGAUCCGGGACUCCUUCCGCACCUACUGCCAGGAGAAGCUCAUGCCCCGCAUACUGAUGGCCAACAGGCACGAGGUGUUCCAUCGGGAGAUCGUGUCGGAGAUGGGAGAGCUGGGAGUCCUGGGCCCCACCAUCCAGGGGUAUGGCUGUGCUGGGACGAGCUACGUGGCGUACGGGCUGAUAGCGAGGGAGGUGGAGAGGGUGGACAGCGGGUACCGCUCCGUCAUGAGCGUGCAGUCCUCGCUGGUCAUGCACCCCAUCAACGCGUACGGGACCGAGGAGCAGAAGGAGAAGUACCUGCCGAAGCUGGCGCGGGGGGAGAUCCUGGGCUGCUUCGGCCUGACCGAGCCCAACCACGGCAGCGACCCCGGCGGCAUGGAGACCCGCGCCAAGUACAACCCGUCCAGCCGCACCUUCACCCUCACCGGCUCCAAGACCUGGAUCACUAACUCCCCGGAGGCGGAUAUCUGCGUGGUGUGGGCCAAGUGCGAGGACGGCCAGGUUCGAGGCUUCAUCCUGGAGCGCGGCAUGAAGGGCCUGACCACGCCCAAAAUCGAGGGCAAGUUCUCCCUGCGGGCGUCGGCCACCGGCAUGAUCCUCAUGGACGAGGUGGAGGUGCCCGAGGAGAACCUGCUGCCCAAAGUGUCCGGGCUGGCGGGUCCCUUCGGCUGUCUGAAUAACGCUCGCUACGGUAUUGCCUGGGGGGCGCUGGGGGCCGCAGAGUUCUGCUUCCACGCGGCCCGCCAGUACACACUGGACAGGGUGCAGUUUGGAGUUCCCCUGGCUCGGAACCAGCUGAUGCAGAAGAAGAUGGCCGACAUGCUGACGGAGAUCACCAUCGGGCUCCAGUCCUGCCUGCAGCUGGGCCGGCUCAUAGACCAGAAGAAAGCGGCCCCGGAGAUGAUCUCCAUGCUGAAGAGGAACAGCUGUGGCAAAGCUCUGGACAUCGCCCGGCAGGCCAGGGACAUGCUGGGGGGGAACGGCAUCUCGGACGAGUACCACAUCAUCCGCCACGUCAUGAACCUGGAGGCCGUCAACACUUACGAGGGUACGCACGACAUCCACGCGCUCAUCCUGGGUCGAGCCAUCACGGGCCUUCAGUCCUUCACAGUGGACAAAUAGACCUGCCGCUGCUGCUGCUGUGCGGUCCUGUGCAGGGAGACCUGGGCUCACACACACACACACGCCAGUCAUCUCCUCCAUCUGCUUCAGAAAGCGGCCAAUCGCACUUGGCUCCCUGAGACUGCUAACUUUAACACCUGUGUCCGGACUGGGAAACGAAGGGCUGAACAUUAACAACGGUUCUGAUGUGCUGCCGUAAUUGAAUGAGAAUGUUAUCAAAUUUACUUCUUCGGGGUUUCUCAAUGUAUGGAUCUGACAUUUACUAAUAUAGCCUGUGCAGUCGGUAAAGCAUACAGUUUGGAUUGACUGCACAAGUUAUUUGCAAAAAUAUAUCUAUCAGGUUAUUUUGCAGAAUGGUUUUGGAAUAUUUACUCUUACUUGUGGGGGUCUUGAAAAUGCCUGAAUAACUUAAAAAAAAAGAAAAAAAAAAAGGUCAAAAUAUGUCUGUUUGGCUGAAUUCACAAAUUUGGCAAUAUGAAGGGUCAAACAUUAUUACUUCAGUGACAUUCAGAAAUUUUACACUAGAACACACAGGGCAAGCAUAUGGUUGGACAUUUAGAGCACCUAAAUCAGCUGUGAGGUCUAAGCAUGCAGUUUGUUUGUAAUACCCGCCUAAUCAUUUUCCCUGGGUCCAUUCUAAUACUUAAAUUCUUCCCUGGAAACUCAAUUAGAAACGCAGGUUAAAAAGCUGGUUGGUAGGCAAACCACUGGUAGCUUUUCUCACUAUGUGCAGCCCUUUGGGGUAAUCUGAUAUAUUAAGUAUUGUACAGUGGUUUGGUGAUGUGUUUACUAUUUACAGUAAAUACCUUUAAUCAAAUGGGGGGGAAAGUAUUGCUGACACACAUGUAGCUGUCAAAUACAUAAACUAGUGUAACAUUUAGUCAUUUAAAAGGAUAUUUUUGUAAUUAGUUUUGUCCUUGACGUGGGGCAAAAGAUGCUUUUUGGUGAAAAUAAUUAUUUUAAUAAAUGCUGUUUGCACUUUA